AUGAGUGCCCCACAAUUUGAGGAAAUAGAACCAGUAAUUGGGACCUCAACAUUUAAAUUAGAUAAUCAACCAGGAAGUAGUAUGGAUCAUUCAUAUCAUUAUAUAACAAAUUUAUUUGUUAUUUCAUUUGUUAUAUCAUUUAUAAUAACCCAUAAUUUUACUUUUCUCAUACUGACCAUUCUCUUAUUUUUUUAUUUAUGUUUUCCCUUAUUUUCCAUACUUUUUUAUUCUUUCACCAAAGGUAUCAAUUUGGAAGCAAUAUCAAAUUUUAGAUCGUUAGGUGGUAUACCAAUUGGAGAUGGCCAAAAUGUUGUAAGACCAGGAGUAGUAUGUAGAUCAGCAGGACCAACAAAUGCAACAGUUAGUGAUGAAUUUUGGUUAUUAGAAGUAUUAAAUAUAAAAACAUUAAUAGAUUUAAGAACAUCAUGGGAGAAUAAAACUAUAUCACCAGUUAGAAAGUUUGAAGAUAAUUUCAUACAAUAUUCAAUAAAAGAUGAUGGUAGACCGUCACCACCAUCUCAAAGAUCACAAAUUAGUAGUGAAUUAGCAAAUUCAAAAGGUAGUAAUUUAGGUAAUAGUGGUUUGGGUAAUAGUGGUUUGGGUAAUAGUGGCAUGGGUAAUAAUAAUUUGGGUAAUAGUGGCAUGGGUAACAAUAGUGGUUUGGGUAACAGCGGAAUGGGUAAUAAUGGUAAUAAUAAUUUAAAUAAUAGUGGUUUUAAUAAUAGUACCAAUGUUAAUGAAAAUAAUAAUUUAGGUGGUAGUUUGAGUAGUAAUAGUAAUAAUAAUGGUAAUAAAAGUCCAAAUUUGACAAGUAGCAAUAGUAAUGGUAGUGGUGGUGGUGUAAGUUUAAGAAAAUCAGGUGGAGGAAUCCCAGUUGCAAUUGAAAGAAAGAAUGAAAAACAAAAAGAUAUGGAGGAACAAAGAAAUGGUAUUUUAUGGAGAAUUUAUAAUAGAAAUUUGACACCAGAAGAAUUGACAAAAUUACGUUCACAUAGUAGUGGUGUUUUAAGAAAACGUUUUUGUAUACCAUUAAUUAAUAAUAAAUUUUUUUUAGAGGGUGUUUACGCAACUGCACCAAAUGAUACCAAAUUAAAAUGUAAUGCAGCUCGUUACCUCUUAUUCAAUGAUCAAAUCGGUGGUUACAUGUUAAUGAAUCAUCUAAAUGAUUUGGGUAUCAUAGAGAUGUACAAAUUGACAUUGAUUUACACCAAGGAGGAAAUCCUUACCAUCUUUAGAAUCUUAAAGAAUCCUGAUAACUAUCCAAUCAUGUACUAUUGUUCAUUGGGUAAAGAUCGUACCGGUAUGGUAUCAGCAUUGCUCUUAUCGGCAUUGGGUGUAUCAAGAGAAGUCGUAAUCGAUGACUAUUCAAAGUCUGAAGCAAAUAUCGCCCAAUUCAUCGACCAAAUUAAGAAAUACUUUACUCGUGUAGGUUUAGCAAAAGAUGAAUUUGUAAGAUCCCAUCGUUGGACUAUGGAGGGUCUUUUGACUUGGAUCGAUAAAAUGUAUGGUAGUGUUCCAGGCUAUCUUGAUAACAUUGGUUUCUCCUAUCAGGAACAAGAGGAACUCAAGGCAAAUCUCAUCGUCACCAAGGAAGAAUAUGACAAUUAUUUGAAUGAAGUUUCAAAAAUCACUGACCUUCAACAAAAACAUGAUGAAUAUGUACAAUUACAGAAAUCAAAGAAAGAUAAAACCCCUCCAAAACUUUUCACUUCCGCUAGUCCAAGAUUUUGGAAACGUCUCUCAUUUUCAAGAGAUUUACAGAUGAUAAAUGAUAACUCUAGAUAA